GGGCGGGGCGGGGCCCUCGGGUCAGUCUCUGCCUCCGGCACCGGCCGCGCAGCUGGAGGCGGCCGAGCGGAAGGCAUCUGGGGACCAAGGGAGAUGAUGUUUGUCAAAAUGCCCAACAGUUUCCCUUACCCACCUACCAGCUGGUAGGUUCUUUUGGCCCGAGGCCUUGGAGAGGAACUCCUCAAUUUGUGACCAGCUCAGCCAUGGCUGCGAUUCGAAAGAAGCUAGUGAUUGUGGGGGAUGGGGCCUGCGGGAAGACCUGCCUCCUCAUCGUCUUCAGCAAGGACCAGUUCCCAGAGGUGUACGUCCCUACUGUCUUUGAGAACUACAUCGCAGACAUAGAGGUGGACGGCAAGCAGGUGGAGCUGGCCCUGUGGGACACGGCAGGGCAGGAAGACUAUGAUCGCCUCCGGCCUCUUUCCUACCCGGACACUGAUGUCAUCCUCAUGUGCUUCUCCAUCGACAGCCCGGACAGCCUGGAAAACAUUCCUGAGAAGUGGACUCCAGAGGUGAAGCACUUCUGCCCCAAUGUGCCCAUCAUCCUCGUGGGCAACAAGAAGGACCUGAGGCAAGACGAGCAUACCCGGAGAGAGCUGGCCAAGAUGAAGCAGGAGCCUGUUCGAUCUGAGGAAGGCCGGGACAUGGCGAACAGGAUCAGUGCCUUUGGCUACCUAGAGUGCUCAGCCAAGACCAAGGAGGGGGUGCGGGAGGUGUUCGAGAUGGCCACUCGUGCUGGCCUCCAGGUCCGAAAGAAUAAGCGCCGGAGAGGCUGCCCCAUUCUCUGAGACCCCCAAGUUCUCCCUUCCCCACUUCCGGUCCCUUCACAGGGGUGCAGAAACACUCCCAAGCCCCACCCUCUUAGGGCCUCGUGCUGAAGGCUCCCUUUCCCAGUUCCCUCCAGCCCAGGACUGCAUCAAGUUUCCCAAGGCCCCAGCCACAGUGGUGGUGAUAGGACCUCCCUCCGUCCCUCCCAGCACUCUGGGAAUCAAGGGCUAUGCCCUGCCUUCCCAGAGCAGAGUUCUCUCGCUGCCUGGGCCCAGGGGUGGGGCUCUUCCUCCCUUUGGCCUUUGCAGAGGAUCAUCACACACCAGCACUUUAUACACACCUGGCUCGCAGGAGCGUGUCUGGGGUAGGGGAAUUGGAGGGUGUAACCCAGAGUCCUGGGCCCCUGGUGGGCAGGGGCCUUGUCUCUGGCUGUAUCUGGUGGGGACAUGAAUAAAAAGGCCACAAGCUUCACUAUGUA